GCGGCGCUUUACGGCAGGACAUGACGGUGCGGGAAAGCGCGCCGCGUCCCCCCCCCCGCUUUGCGACAGAGCGAGCGCGGGAGUGAGGGCGGAUCCGGCCACAGGGCAAGGACGCAGCAGCAUGCCCUGACCCCCCCGGGAGCUGUCGCCGUCUCUUGUAAUGAACUUUCAAGCGAAGCUCUUCGCUAGCUGCAGGGUCAGGAUGCUGCCCCCGCCCUGGCGUCUCUUCUCCCGGGCUGCGGAGGAUAUGGCACUGCAGAGGAUCCGGAAAGUCCUGUGCGUGGCCGAGAAGAACGAUGCUGCCCGAGGGAUUGCAGAUCUGCUCUCCAACAGCAGAAUGCGACGGCGAGAAGGGUUUUCCAAGUUCAACAAGAUCUAUGAAUACGACUACCAGAUGUUUGGCCAGAACGUUACUAUGGUGAUGACGUCCGUGUCAGGACACUUACUGGCUCACGAUUUUAAGCUGCCGUUUCGCAAAUGGCAUAGCUGCAACCCUCUAGCUCUUUUUGAUGCUGAAAUUGAGAAGUAUUGCCCUGAAAAUUACAUGGAUAUCAAGAGAACCCUUGAACGAGAAGUCCAGCAGUGCCAAGCUCUGGUAAUCUGGACUGACUGUGAUCGAGAAGGAGAGAACAUUGGCUUUGAGAUAAUUCACGUUUGCAAAGCUGUAAAGCCAAACCUCCAGGUUUUCCGAGCCCGUUUUUCAGAGAUUACGCUUCAUGCUGUCAGAACAGCCUGCGAGAACCUCACCCAACCAGAUCAAAAAACGAGUGAUGCAGUUGACGUCAGGCAGGAGCUGGACCUCAGGAUUGGUGCUGCCUUUACCAGAUUCCAGACACUGAGGCUCCGGAAGAUCUUCCCUGAUAUUUUAGCAGAUCAGCUGAUCAGCUAUGGUAGCUGCCAGUUCCCAACGCUGGGGUUUGUAGUGGAACGCUUUAAAGCCAUCCAGGCCUUUGUUCCUGAAGCCUUCUAUAAAAUAAAAGUGACACAUGAUCAUGAAGACGGCAGUGUGGUCUUCAACUGGAAGAGGAACCGGCUCUUCAAUCACACAGCAUGCCUGGUCCUUUACCAGAUGUGUAUGGAGGAUCCGGUAGCAACUGUUGUUGAGGUUGGGAGCAAGCCAAAAAGCAAAUGGAGGCCCGUGCCCCUGGACACUGUGGAACUUGAGAAGUUGGCUUCCCGCAAACUGAAAAUAAACGCAAAGGAAACCAUGAGAAUAGCAGAAAAACUCUAUACUCAAGGGUUCAUUAGCUACCCCCGAACUGAGACCAACAUUUUCCCCAAGGAGCUGAACCUCUCUGCCUUAGUGCAACAGCAAACACAGGACCCAAACUGGGGGGCAUUUGCACAGAGGAUUUUGGAUCAGGGUGGGCCAACCCCUCGGAACGGAACCAAAUCAGAUCAGGCUCACCCUCCCAUUCACCCCACAAAAUACACUGCCAACCUGCCGGGCAAUGAGCAGAGACUAUACGAAUUCAUCGUGCGCCAUUUUUUGGCUUGCUGCUCUCAAGAUGCCAAGGGACAGGAAACAACUGUGGAGAUUGACAUUGCUAAUGAGCGAUUCAUUGCUCAAGGACUAAUGAUCCUGGCCCGAAAUUAUCUGGAAGUCUAUCCCUAUGAGAAGUGGAGCGAUAAGGUUAUCCCACUGUAUCAGAAAGGGUCUCGCUUUCAGCCCACUACAGUGGAGAUGGUGGAUGGGGAAACCAGCCCUCCAUUGCUCCUCACAGAAGCGGAUCUGAUUGCUCUCAUGGAGAAACAUGGCAUUGGGACUGAUGCCACUCACGCUGAGCACAUUGAGACAAUUAAGACGCGGAUGUACGUGGGCCUUACCGCAGAUCAGCGGUUCCUCCCAGGCCACCUGGGCAUGGGGCUGGUUGAAGGCUAUGAUUCCAUGGGCUACGAGAUGUCCAAGCCUGACCUUCGAGCUGAGCUGGAAGCUGAUCUGAAACUGAUCUGUGAAGGGAAGAAAGACAAAGCUGCAGUGUUGCAGCAGCAGGUCCAAAAGUACAAGCAAGUCUUCAUCGAAGCUGUGGCCAGAGCCAACAAGUUGGACCAGGCCUUGGCUCAGUAUUUUGGAGAAGCUGCAGAAAUUGCAGAGCAAGAGGAGGUCUACCCGGCAAUGCCCGUUUCUGUUCGGAAGUGUCCACAGUGCAACAACGACAUGGUCCUGAAGACCAAGAAGAACGGCGGGUUCUACCUCAGCUGCACGGGCUAUCCGGCUUGUAAAGCUGCAGUCUGGUUUCCUGAUUUCGUGCUGGACGUGGCCAGGGACGAGAGCAUCUGCGCUGUGUGUGAACCGCAUCCAGUUCACAGACUGAAGUUUAAGUUCAAGAGAGGCAGUAUUCCACCCGUGAUGCCCCUGGAGUUUGUUGGCUGCAUCGGAGGCUGUGAUGAGAUGCUAAAAGAGCUCUUGGACCUCAAGUAUUUACACAGGUCAUCCCAACCCGCCUCGUCAGCCAGCCAGCAAGCUAAUCCCUUGCAGGCCAACAACUCCUUUAACAGAGCUAGUGGUGAAAGCAGGCACGUGAGGGGGACCACAAACCCAGCGCCAGGACAUCUACUCUCCCGGAGCUCAAUGAGAGCACCCAGGCCUGCUCCUUCAGCUGCUCCAGAUGACGGGAACAACGCAGUGGUGUGCAACUGCGGGAACGAAGCCCUGCUGUUAACUGUGCGCAAAGAAGGGCCCAAUCAAGGCAGGCAGUUUUACAAAUGCAGCGCCAGCACCUGCAACUUCUUUCUCUGGGCCGAUCAGCAGUCAGAGGACAGAAGCAACGUGGCUCCGCGGGGCUCUGCCCUGCCCCAGCCCUUUGCAGGAAGGGGCCCAGCAGGAUUUCAGCGGCCAGGAGGAGGGAGAGGCCCAGAGCUCUUUGGAAGCAACAGCUCCGAUGCAGGAGGCGGCACAGUCUGCAAUUGCGACCAGCCAGCCGUCACGCGCACUGUCCAAAAAGACGGGCCCAACAAAGGGCGGCAGUUCCACACCUGCUCUAAACCCCGCGAGCAGCAGUGCGGCUUCUUCCAGUGGGCAGAUGAAAACGUGGCACCAGGGCCUUCUGGAGAUGUCUCUUUAAACCACUUUGGCAGCAGUGGAUACUCAAGAGGAGUGGGAAGCAAAGUCAAGAGACCAAGCGGUCUCUCCUCAGAAGCCACUGCCAAGAAACCACGGACCUGUAGCAUUUGCCACCAGCCUGGCCACACUAGGAAAACCUGCCCUCAAAACCACUGAGCCUGGAGGGACAUCUGGAGAGCCUGAAAGGUCCAGGGUUGUGAGCUGCUACGGGAGCAACUACUGCUGAAAGGAACUGGAGUCUAGAAAAAGCCUAUUGAGUGCUUUCUGGAAGGGCUGGUUGCAGGCCGCUCCUGCCCAAGGGAUACCAUCCUCCCACACGCGUUACAUGCCUGAGCAGCAAGGGUUCAAAGCAGCUUUGAAAGGUACCUCUGCUGCUCUUUCCAGCUGCUCUUCUGCUGAGCAGAUUGGGAUAGUCUUAAACAUUUCAAGAAGGCAUUUGGAAACUGAAUCCGCAGAGAAAACAGCACUGGAUCUAGUCCACCUGCAGCUCCCGCCACGGUGGUAGUUGUACGUAGCCUUUCUAUGCAAGGAGGAGCACCAGGACAGACACCAGGGCUGCUUAGUGCUUCUCAGUCCCUGGCUUUCCACAGUGUGGAAUUUUAUUUUAAGUUCCCUUCCAAGUUGACGGUACCUGAGCAACUUUCCCCUUUCUUUUUUGUCACAGUGCCAUACCCCUUACCAGGGGUUGUCCCUGCCAGUGAAGGAGGGCCAGGUGCAGAGAAGCUGGGUCUGGUGCUUGCCCUAAAAGGGAAGCUCAGCUGCAGGUGCUCAGGAAAAGCCUUCAUUUUACAUAGUUCCCGAAUUUGAAACUGAGUUGUUCUUCAAACCUGGAGAGAUGCCUCUGUGAUGCUGCUAGCUAAUGGAAGUUAUUUUUAUCAAACUAAUAAGUUUCUUAUUAAAAUAUUAUUUAAUUUUUAAAAG